CAAACCUCUGACAAACAAAAUCCUUCACGGCCAACACACCGUUGGAGUUGAAGGAAGCGAGGAAAAGCAGAGAUGACAGCCUGAAGACUAUGAGUCAUGACGCAUUCCCUGUUAUUCCCAUAUUGUCAAGCUCCAUGUAUUCGUCAAAAGCUGGGGAAUACGGGAUUAUUGAAGAGUUGACGUUGAAUCGGAAUUAUUGCCGAUGGGCAAAGGUGGAUGGACUGGUCUUGGAUGCCUGGAUCUUAUCAGAUCGAUUGAUAAAAAUCCACACCCAGCUCCGCUUGGCUCUCAUCCAUGAGAAGACUUCCAUCAAUCUGUCCAUUUUUUAGAAAAAAAACCAAGAAAAAAGUCAAGGUGGCACACCUCCUUUGUCAGCCCCGCCGGUCCGAUAACUCCGUCGAUGCCCGGCCACCAGUCCCAGCACCACAAUGUCGGAGCCGAGCGAGCGCAGUGAGAGUCCGCAGGAGGGCACCGAGUCGCAGUCGCAAUCUCUCGCGCGGUCACACUCGCACGACCACGACCACGACAGGGACUACGACCGCCCGCCGCCUCGCAAGCGCCAGCGCGUCAGGCUGUCGUGUCUCGAGUGCCGCCGCCGCAAGCUGUCGUGCGACAGGGAGUUCCCGUGCUCGCGCUGUCUGCAGUCGGGCACCCCGGAGCGCUGCGAGUACGAGACGCGCCCCGGCUUGGCGCCCCCGAACAAGCUCGGCCUGCCGCCCACCGCCCUCGCCGGUUUGGAUGCCCAUCUAUCGCUGCCCAGUACUGGUGGGGAAUCCCCCUAUUUCCGCAAGGAUCACCAUGUCCGCGAGUCGGACCGCAUCCGCCGUCUUGAGGUCGAGGUUGCCCAGCUCAAGAGCCUGCUUGUGAAGCAUGCAUCUGGAUCUGGAUCGUUGGAUGGGAGUACGGCCCAGGAUUGUUCGCCCCCUGAUCCAAAGUCCCAUGAUGGCCCCGAGGUUAAUGGCUUGCAUGAGAUUGAGGUGCCGCAGUUCUUGCAGAAUGAGGUGACCAAGACCGACAAGGAGGAACUACGUUUUUUCCGCGGCAAGGAGUUUAGGACCCGCUACUUUGGCCCGCACAGCGCAUUCUUGGCUUUUCAGGAGCUCACGGGAUUGUGCCCCUUCAUGAAGGAGACAUCGGACGAGUGGCUGCGGCCGCUCCAUAUCCAGACCAGGACCAAGGACCGCCGCAAGGACGCCGAGGAAAGAGAGCGCAGGUUCAACCAGCCAGACCUCUUUCUGGAAUCACUCCUCCCUUCCAAGGAAGAGACGGACAAUCUUGUGUCCAUCUAUCUGGAUCAAUUCGAGCAGAUUCACCGCAUUGUUCACAUCCCCAGCUUCCGUAGAGAUUAUUCCAAGUUCUGGAUGCCCUCGGAAACAAGAAACGCCGCCUUCACCGCCCUUGUGCUGGUCAUCAUAGCCAUCUCCAGCUGCCUGGGCGCUCAGCUGCCGCACAAGUUCGAGAAGAUGGUGUCGAGCUCGCACACGAGCGCGAUACGAUGGGUCGAGGCCGUCGACCAGUGGCAAGAGCGUCAAAGCCAGAAGCACCGCCGCCUGAUCCACUACCAGAUCGCCUGUCUGCUCUACCUGGCCAAGCGGGUCAACACGGUCAAGAAGAAGCGCUUCUGGAAGAACGCAGGCGCCAUGACGCAGGACGCCAUUUCGGUCGGCCUGCACCGCGAGCCCACCCACAUGUGCGCGGGCAAGAUCUCGCCCUUCAAUCAAGAAAUGCGGCGGCGGCUGUGGACCACCAUCCAGAGCUACGACCUGCAAGCUUCAGCCGACCACGGCCUCCCGUCCAUCCUCAGCUCGCUGCACUACGACAUCCACCCGCCUCGCAACAUUGACGACGACGAGUUCGACGAGGAUACCAAAGAACUCCCGCCUUCCCGGCCGGCCUCCGAAUACACCUUCUCUUCCUACCAGCACAUCAGCCGCCAGAGCCUGGCGCUGCGCCUCGAGCUCAGCCGGGUACUGACCGGCCCACCCGGCGAGCUCGACUACGACCGGGUGAUCCAGUACACAAACGAGAUCAACCAAGAGAUCGACUCCCUCCCGUCAUGGGACGUCAGCUACUCCUCCUCCUCCUCCUCCUCAUCAUCAUCAUCAUCAUCAGACCCCAACCAUCAUUCCCCCUCCUCACCCACCACACCCAUCAAAAAGCCCCUCCUAGCCUACACCCUCCUCCACAUCCAACUCCGCCAAUACAUCAUCCCCCUGCACCAACCCUUCCUCCGCCUGCGCCGCGACAACUCCAAAUACCAAUACUCCGAAAUCAUCUACUACAACGCCGCGCGCGACAUGGUUUUGCUGCACGACCAGCUGGCCCAACAGGGCAUCCGCACGCUCAACUUCCUCCGCGAAGACGCACUCACACUCGCCAUCAAUUUGACCUCUGUCACCAUGCUCCAGCCGCGCGGGUCGACGAAUAUGAUCAUGAUCAACUCCCAGCAUACACUGCAGUUGCUGGAGAAGUGUCUGGCCAUGAAGGAGGAUAGGAUUCUUAGGUGUGGGAACAACGAGCCGUGGGGGUAUAGUAUCAUGUGUGCGGCGUUUGGGUUGUUGGAGGCGCAUCUGGGGACGAAAACGCCGGAGGCUGCCAAGGCGGCGAGUGCGGAACGGUUUGUGGGGCUGCAUUAUAAAUUGUUGGCCGGGCAGGAUCCGCCUCUGCCGGGGAGUACGCAGGGGUCGAAUAGUAAUAAUGGUAAUGUGGUGGGUGGUGGUGGUGCUGGAGUGGGAGUUGGAUCCGGCUGCUGUGGGGGAGGUCAAGGGGUGGACCAGCACCACCAGCAGACGCAGCAGCAGCAGGGGAGGGGAAUGCCCGCGGCGGCGGUGGGGAACGGAGUUGGAAUGCAGUCUGCUGUGAGUGGUGGUGGUGCAGCCGGGGCGGAGAUGUUUGUGAGAUCCAAGUCGGUUACACCCUUCGCGCCGCCGCCGUCCUCGUCCUCGCAGCAGGGCGCAGCUUCGCAGGUCGAGGUUCCCGGGACGCCAUGGUGGCUUCCCAACGGGGGGGAUCCGUCCAUUCCGCAGAUACCAUGGAACCAAGAUAUCAGCUUGGAAACGCUGGGAUUGAAUCUCAAUGAGCUGUGGGGAAGUGGGACGUUUGACUGGGAUGCUAUGAUGCCGUGAUUAUUUUGGGUUCAGUUGGAUAAGGAUGGUAGAUGGUGGCGAUGAAAAUGGAGGGGAGGGUCGGGAUUUGGCGUUGGGUAGGGAAAUGUGUACUAUAUACCCAGAUCUUCACUCGACUUCAGUCGGCUUGAUGGAAUUGAAUACAGCUGCGUGUUGAGC